AUGGAAAUUGGUGAAGAUGCAUGGCAAUGGCAAACAAAGGAGAUGGUUUGGUCAGCGGUUGCCAUAGCGAUGAGCUGCUUAGUAUUGACAAUAUGGGAGGUUCUGUGGUGGAAACCUCAAAGAAUCCGAUCAGCUUUUAAGAAGCAAGGGAUCGAUGGACCAAUCCCUUCCUUCCUUUCGGGAAAUCUCUCUGAGGUUCAACGCAUGCAAUCACAAUACUCCAAGCUCACCUCUCCAACCUCAACAUCAUUCUCAGAUCAAUGGUUUUGCUCUCUCUUCCCAUAUCUCCAACAAUGGAGGAAACAAUAUGGUCCAACAUACCUGUACUCUAUUGGAAAUAGGCUGCAUCUGUAUGUGGGAGAUCCAGAAACGAUCAAAGAGUUGAAUCUGACAAGGAGCUUGGACUUGGGUAAGCCUUCCUAUUUGACCAAGCCUUUGAAACCGAUGCUGGGAGAUGGCAUCAUCAGAGCUAAUGGACAACAUUGGUCCUUCCAAAGAAACCUUAUCGCUCCUCAGUUUUUCCUCUCCAAGAUUCAGAAAAUGGUGGAUUAUAUGGAAGAAUCUACAAAGGAAAUCAUAAGGAAAUGGGAAAGGAUUAUAAUAGAAAAUGGAGGCAAAGUUGCAGAGAUUGUGAUUGACGAUGAUUUGAAGGCCCUCACAGCUGAUGUUAUUAGCAAAGCGUCUUUCAGUAGCUCUUAUGCUCAGGGCAAUCAGAUUUUCUCUAAACUCGCUGCUUUGCAAGCCGUUCUUGCUAAACCCAACCUUUUGUUUGGGUUUUUAAACCUCAGAUUUUUUCCCACCAAGGAAAACAGAGAGAUUUGGAGGCUGGAGCAAGAGGUAGAGAAGCUAAUACUGAAAGUGGUUUCUGAUCGUAAGCUGGAAAACCAAAGGUAUGGAAAUGAGAAUCAAAAGGACCUAUUACAGUUAAUUAUUGACAGUUCCGCAAACGCCAAAAAUCAAAGUGGAUCUGGAAUCAUGAAGAAGCUAAGGCACAAACACGAAACUAAGAAAUUGAUUGUGGAUAUGUGUAAGAACAUAUACUUCGCAGGAUCGGAGAGCACUGCAGUUUUAGUUACCUGGACGUUGGUUCUUCUGGCAUUUCAUCCUGAGUGGCAAGACCGUCUUCGAUCGGAGAUUUCUAAUACCUUCUCCGACAUGUCACCUCACUGCUUUCGCGACGCUGAUAAUUUUCGAAAACUGAAACAAUUGACGAUGGUGAUUCAAGAGAGCCUGCGUCUGUACUCACCAGGAAUAACAACAUCGAGGGAGGCAUUGGAGGAGAUGAAGCUAGGCGAAUUGGUAGUGCCAAAAGGAACAAACAUAUGGAUCUUGACACCUGCAAUGCACAGAGACAAAGAGAUCUGGGGAGAAGAUGCGAGUGAGUUUAAGCCUGAGAGAUUUGAAGGAGGAGUUUCAGAAGCAUGCAAGUAUCCACAAGCAUACCUACCGUUUGGACUCGGAAGUCGAAUCUGUGCAGGCCAACACUUUGCAUUGACAGAAGCGAAGAUUGUGCUGAGUCUUCUUCUGUCCAGCUUCUCCUUCUCCAUUUCGCCUAAUUAUCGCCAUUGUCCUUCCUACAGAAUGGUGUUGGUGCCCAAAUAUGGAGCACCCGUCCUUGUUACCAAGCUGGAAGAUGAAAUCCUGCAAAUAAAACAAUAGGCUAAAUGUGGCUUUCCUUUAUUUUAUAAUAAAGUGUCUCUUAAUUUA